UUGAACCUCCAAAAACCUCGGCAUCCUUUGAGGCGUGGGAGGGUUGAACUACGCCGCGGCGGGCAGCAAAAUCUGGGGAAACAUUUGUGAGCUAGGACCCCCCUGGAAAAGUGUUCCCCCGCAAAAGAAGCGAAAGGGCGCGCGCGCGCAAGCAAAGGGGGAAAGGGAAAGCCAAGAGCUCUGCCCCGGACCAUCCUUUGCCUCAGUUGGCCGCCGCCGCCGCAGUACUGUCUGGCCCCCCCAGCCUCGAGGUUCAACGUCUCCUAUCUUGUCACGCACUCGUCUCUAGUUGAAUUGAGACAGCUUUGAGGUUGUCCCUUGUUUUUUUUCAUAUCGUAUCCUCAAUCAGACUGAAUGUCGAAGGCGAGCAAACGAUGCCUACGAAAAGAGUCCGUCAGAGCGAGCGGCGUAGAUGCGUCAAGGCUUGCGGGAAUUGCAAGCGGCGCAAGGAACGCUGCGAUGGCCAACAACCCUGUCGGAGGUGCGUGAUCCGCAGAGUCGAAGCCGACUGCACCUUCAUCGGCCCGCCGACGAACUUUGCCGCUGCGGAGGACUCGUCAUCCGUGAGAAGUCCUGAUCGCCAGCAGGUUCAUGUUCCUCCUGCUCCUCCUCCUCACCGAGGGAGUCCUCCCGGUCACGGUCAGGAUCUCUUCAGCUCUUAUGGGCCGACUGCCUCCUUUCAUGAAGCUGUCAUUUCACCGAGUCAUCACCAUCAGCACCGGCGCGCGUCGUCGUCAAUCAGCCACCUCUCACAAAGCACCGCGGUACCAAAGGUAUCGCGACUCAUCGCAGAUGGCAAGGGCCGGUUCAUGUUCAUUGGCGAUGCCGCCAAUCUGUCCUUCUUAAAGGUGAUACGCCGGCUGGUGCGCGAUCGCGUCGGCCUGUGCCCCUUCACUGAUGAUCCCUUGCGGCAUAUCAUGGUCGAGGCGACUCCUGAAGGUCGCCCGAAAUGGAUCAUCACGAACCCCGCCGAUAUCCCCUCCAAGCCUAGCACUGAGCAGGCAAGAUAUCUGCUGCGGUGGUAUCUCCGUGCAACAAACUGUAUUCUCGAUGUUUUCAAUGAGUCUGAAAUCCUCAAGGACCUCGAACAUUGGCUGCGUGGAGAGCCCACGAGUCAAGAUGAAGAGGCCAUGAACUGCAUCUUCUUUCUGAUAUUCGGCAUUGGAGCACAGCGAUGCCCGGAUGAUCGGGAUACCGACGCAGAGAAGUACUUCAACUAUGGUCGAUUCUUAGCAGUCUCGUAUGCCAUGGAGAACCCAACAAACAACACGGUGCGCAGUUACAUUCUCAUCACCGUCUACCUCCUCGGUGCAUCGCGACGCAACUCAGCGUUCAUGCACCUGGGCGUCGCUACCCGUGCCGCCUACGCGCUGGGGAUUCACCGGCGAGACGUCCCGGCGCUAUUCUCAACACAAGAGCAAGACACCCGGGAUCGACUGUGGAAAGCCCUCCGGGUUCUGGAUCUAUUCUUGGCCGCCUCAUUGGGCCGCCCGUUGGCGACUUCCGAGACCCGAGAUACAUCAGCAAGCGAGAACUACUCUGCCUCACUGGAUCUCUGCGCGAUCUUCGAGUCGAUCUUGAACGACGUCUACGCCAAGCGUAUGGUGUCUACAGAAACACUUGAGCGUAUCAGCGAACAGCAUCGUCGAUGGGCCGCGAAGUUCAGUGAUGGUCUCGCGGCUGACGGGAUGAAGCCCAGCAAGUAUGUUGACGCCGAUGAUGGCGAGAGGUAUCCAAACAUAGGGCUUUACCACAUGAAAGAAGCAUACUACUGGAGCAUCAUGCUCUUAUCACGGCCUUUUCUCAUCGACUUUGUCUCGAGAAACAUUGCCCGCACCCGGACGACAUCUAUGUGGGCCGAGGAAACGCCUUUGUCAUCGCCGUCUGACCAACUGUUGGUCCAUGCCUGCGUAGACUCUGCAAUACGGACAAUCGACCUCUUGUCAACUUUGAUACCGGACAAAAACGUAGCCAAACGACAUCCCUUCGUCAUUAACUCUGUAUUUGUCUCCGCCCUGGUCCUUGGCCUGGCAGUCUUUGGUGAUCUUGACAGCACAUUCCCGUUAGACCACGGCUUGAACGACGCGCAAGCGCUGCUCAAGAAGUUCAGCAAGCACGAUCCUGUUGCUAGCAGAGAGCUCACCAUCGUCGAGCAUCUUCAGAGCGCAUGCGUCCUCUACCGAGAACGACGUGCACGUCGCAAGAUGGAGUGCCAGGGGAUGCUCAUCGGCGAGCUCUUUGGGAGCGUCCACGAAGGCGGCCCGUUGUCGACGGAAGCUUCCAAGCUCGGCUCGAACGCUGUUCACCGAGACAUUCGAUACUUUGGCAACCAUCGACACUUGAGCACGUCAGAAGCGGGGGAGAUCAGUAGCCUGGACCACAGUGUCUCGCUGACGACCGGGAGCACUGAUGGGCCUCAAAUGUUGGGUAGCGAAACUGGUCGAGGAACAAACGUGAUCCAGGCACUUACUCCGUCAACCGAUAUUCUGCUCCCAAUGUCACCACGGACGCUGCUUUUUGAUUCUUAUGGGCAAGAUAUGCCUUUCUUUCCGACUAUGGAUGCGACCAUGGCUCACCUGGGCUACACGGAUGAGAUGAUGCUUGCUGAUACAGGGACUCUAAUGGAACCGCCGUGUUAGCCAUGGAGGGACGACACGUGUUUGGAAAUAGACUUUGUACGACUUAUUAGCGACUAAAUGACGAGAAAUACCAAGCGAUGAAACACAAACAUCUGUCUGCAAUCAGACAGAUGGGACCUGCAUGUGACGAUAUAUCGCUUAAGCCCUCAAUUUCACCCAAGCAGUGUCAAGCUUAGCGAAUCACAGAUGUAGCGCUCACGAGAAGUGGAAUGAACGAGUUACGAUACUUCAUAGAAUCGAUUAGAUCUAGGUCUCCUCCAAAC